AUGGUUGAUGAGUCCAAAGGACAACAUCAGGUUGACAAUGCUAAUGGAUUAAUCGAAAAUUCCCCAAAUCCCCUCUCCCCCCUCGAUUGUGAUGAGAAGCCUACCAAUGGGGCUGAUGAUUCAGUGACAGACGAGAACGACGACGAUAGCAGAAAACUGUUUGUCGGUGGUCUAAGCUGGGAGACAAAUGAAAAUGAUUUAAAGGAAUAUUUCUCUCGUUGGGGAAAAGUUACUCAGUGCAUCAUAAAACUGGACAGGUUCACAGGAAAUUCAAGAGGGUUUGGUUUUGUUACUUUGGAAAAUGAAGACUGUGUCUCAAAAGUUCUCAGUGUCCCUGAGCAUUGGUUAAAGAAUAAGAAAAUUGACCCUAAAAAAGCGAAACCUUCUCGAGAACCCUUAAAAAAGAUUUUUGUUGGUGGUAUUGAUCCAGAAGUAACGGAAGACCAAAUCCGUGAAUACUUUAGCAGUUUUGGAAAGGUUGAGUCAUUAGACUUGCCUUAUGACACUCAAAAAGGGAAAAGGAAGCAUUAUAUAUUCGUUAGUUUUUCCACUGAAGCAGCUGCCAAAAAAGCUAUUUCAAAGGAGCGUCAAGAUAUUUUCGGUCGACAGUGUGAUGUUAGGGUUGCUGUUACACGAGAUCAAGCUAACAGACAAAAAGUAGCUCUGAAACAAUGGUAUAACUGGUUGGACCCCAGCUUCUCUUAUCCAGGAUAUGCCUAUGGUGACUACGCAAACGCUUACCCUGGCUUUGACCCUUUUACGUACGGCUAUUAUGGAUAUGAUUACUACGGAAGCGCAGCAGCAGCUGCUGCUGCAACGGGUUAUGGGGCAUAUACCAAUCUAGCUGCUAAUCAGUUUGUGGAGUAA